AAUGUGUUUCAUAUGGAAAAGAACGGGGUUGUCAGUAUAAGCAAGGAUUUCAGGCUUUUUUUCACCUGUGAGGCUUCCCCCCCCCCCUUAUCUGAGCUGGAAAACGAAUGUGAAACGUUAUGUAUGUUCACGUUGUAAGGUUACCUGGGAGUAAUUCCUUUGAACAUUUACUUUUGUGGGACUUGCUUAUAAGCAAAUGCAUAGGGCUGGGCUGUACAUUUCUCUUGUAAUUUGAAAGAGCAGGGGGCAUUUCUUUUAUCUCUCUGUAGUCCUUUUCCCCAAAGUGCCCCCUUCCCAAAUUGGGGCUUGCUUCCAGCAUCUGAGUCAAGCUUGGAGGGGGGUUGCUAGUGGAAAGACUGAACCAAAGGAAAUGCUGGGGGGAAAGUAACCGUGGGGAAAUGGAGCAAUCCUCACCCGUGCAUCUGUUUUGUUCCUAAAAUCAGACUCAUCCACCAACUAUAUUUUCUGCAUGACGAGCAGAAGCAGGUUUAGACACAAAUUUCUGCCUCCAUUAUAUCAAUAGUCUCAUGAAGGCACAAAGAAAUCUACCUUACACCAAGUCAGGCCGUUUGAUACCAUCUAGUUCAGUACUGAUGACAUGGACUAGCAUUGGCUCUCCAGGAUUCCAGGCAACAGUCUCUUAGAGAUUGAAUUUUGGACCUUUGUAUGCAGAGCAUGUGCCCUACUUCUGAGCUACAGCUGUUUAAAAAAGAUUGGGACUUGCGUCUGAGGAAACAUGCAUAGGACUACACUACAACAGAAGAGCACAGCAGGAUCUUGAUACAUUGUAUGGUGCGUGAAUGGAAGUUUAAGAAGUCUUACCACUAAAUUACUGUGACAAUGGAAACCUCAUCUCUGCUCUCAUCUUUACAUGAUGAAUGCAGAUCAGAAAGCUAUCUUGAACCACACUACAAGGAAUGUUACAGACUCGCCAUUGAUGUGUUAAUUGAAGGUGGUUUAGAGGCUUACCAAGAAUUUCUUGCCAAGGAGAGAUGUUCAGAGUUUCUAGCAGAUGAUGAGAUUAAUUAUAUACUGAACAGUGUUCAGAAAAUCCCCCAAAACACAGUUUAUGCUCCUGACAAUGCUAUUGAUGAUACCUCAUCCUCGGGAACGUAUUGGCCUGUAGAAUCGGAUGUGGAAGCUCCUAAUCUUGACUUGGGUUGGCCUUAUGUAAUGCCUGGAAUUUCUGGUGGUACAAAUAUUGAGUUGCUGUUCCAUCCCCCACGAAUACAACCUUUUACAAUAAAGGAAACUAUCAGGAAGAUGAUAAAAGAAGCAAGAAAGGUUAUCGCCAUAGUUAUGGAUUUUUUUACAGAUGUGGAUAUUUUUAAAGAAAUUGUAGAAGCAUCCACCAAGGGAAUUUCAGUAUAUAUUCUCCUAGAUGAAUCUAACUUCAGUAACUUUCUUAAGAUGACAGAGAAACAAGGCUGUCAAGUCCAAAGGCUCAGGAACAUGAGGGUGCGCACAGUAAAAGGACAAGAUUAUUUCUCCAAGUCAGGGGCAAAAUUCCAUGGAAAAAUGGAACAAAAAUUUCUUCUUGUUGACUGUAAGAAAGUCAUGUAUGGUACCUAUAGUUUUAUGUGGUCAUUUGAAAAAGCGAACCUCAGCAUGGUCCAGAUUAUUACAGGACAACUUGUUGACUCUUUUGAUGAAGAGUUUAGGACAUUAUACGCCCGCUCUUCUGUUCCCAGUUCAUUUGCUCCAGAAUUAGUUAGAAUUAAUAGCCGCCUAGCGCUCUGGGAAAAUGAUGCAUACCAGCAUUCGCACUCCUCUUUAGCUUCAAUUUCUAGUCAGCGUAACCCUUUUGGCAGGCACGACAAGAUUCACAAUUUUGAUCCCACCUUUCUGAAAAUACGAGGCAGAUACGGAAUAAAUGACACUGACAAGUUCGGUGCUAGAAACCAGCCUUUUCAAAAAAUACAGUUCACUCCAGGUUUUCAUAUGCAGAACAGAAUCCAACAGUAUCAGCCCAAUGAAAUAAAUGAACAUUGGAAAAGGCACAGUUAUGCAGGGGAGAAACCAGAAAGGACUCCAUACUUGAUGCUCAACAGAGCAAUUAAUCGGGCAAAUAAUCAACCACAUAUUUGGAAAGUCCCAUCUGAUAGUCUCAGUACUGGAUCUUCAUUGCACGGAAGUUAUAAAAAUCACAAUGUGCCUCAACAGAGUUUAGCUGAUCGGCUUCCACAGCCAAAGCUCAAUAUUGCAGAUAGGAACUCAAUUGUACGAAGAUCUUUCAAUGGAACAGACAGUCACAUCCGCUAUCUACAGCAGAGAAUGCCAACCCUUGAACGCACCACAAAAUCUUUUCUACGUAACUGGCGCAUUGAGUCAUACUUAAAUGAUCAAUCAGAUUUUCCAGCAGACUCAAAUGGUUCAGCCAUAGGUGACAGGUGCGAGGGUUAUGAUGCAGCAGAAAACAUCAAAGCCCAUGCCCUUUAUGCUCACUCUCGCCUGCGUUCCUCAUUUGUUUUUAAGCCAACUUUGCCAGAACAAAAAGAAGUAAACAGUUGUGCAAGUUCUUCAAAUUCAACUAUCAUUGGUUCCAAUGGCAGUGAAACACCUAAAGGGACACCAAAUCAUGUUCCAAAACUAGAAGAUGUAGCUGAUGAUACUGAUGCAGUAGAACCAAGCACUAAUGUUCCAUUGGAACCUGGUGUAGUAAAAAACCACAAUGUGCAAAUUUCAGAAGAUAAAAAACCUAGUACAACUCCACCUCUUACUAGAGAGAAGCCUGACUACCUACAUUCAGCUGUAAGUACAAGCAGACCAGUAGAAUUUCUGAAGAACUAUGAAAAGGAAAGUGUACUGAAAAGGCGAAGUUUUCCAAUGUUUGACAAUUCAAAAUCUGCUUUGGAUCAUGGGGAUAACAAAGAGGCAUCCAGCUAUGUGUAUAGCACGCUAAAUAGGAAUAGAUUUAGGCAACUGGCAGUUUUAAAGCCACCUCCGGAGGAUAGUCUAAAAAACACUAAAAGCUUACACAAUGUAGCCAAUCAUCUAGCACACGAGAAUAAAAACCUCAAAGAUGAACCAAAAAGCUCCCCCUCCACCACCAAAUCCAUCUCUGUGGCUGUAAUAGUUGAACCUAGCAAAGAUGACCCUGACAAAGAUGCCUCACCAAAGAAAGAGAACAAGAAUUCCCCAAGUUUCCUGAAAAAAGGGUCACAGAAACUAAGGUCAUUGCUUAAUCUCACACCAGACAAGAAAGAGAGUCUGUCAAAAAACAAAGCUCCUGCUUUCUACAGAAUGUGUAGCAGUUCUGACACUUUGGCAUCAGAAGGUGAAGAAAUUCAAAAGCCAAAAAUGGCUGAAAUAAAGAUAGACUGUUCUCCAAGAAGAAAAAGAACCUCCUCAUCUAAUUCACAGGGCAGCAUACAUAAGGGUAAAGAGGAUGUUGCUGUGAGUCCAAAGUCCCCCAAAUCUCCUAAGUCCCCCAAAUCCCCCAAGCCUCCAAAAUCACCAAAAUCUCUAAAACCUCCAUCUGAUGAAAACAUGAAAAGGGCCCCUGUUGUGAAACCCAUGGAAAGUAUGUUGUUAGCGGUACCUCCAGGUGACCCAUCUGCUCCGAGAUUUAACACUGAGCAAAUUCAGUACCAGGAUGUCAGGGAGCCACGGCCAAAUGCAGGCCGCGAGCGGGUACCACCACCGGCUCCUGCUAUUCCUCCACACAGGGUCAAUGCAGCGACGACGCCUCGUCCAUCAAACACAAAGCCUAAUGAUGAGCUACUAAGGUCUCGCUUGAGUGAAAGGCGUGUUUACAGUCGCUUUGAGCCAUUUUGCAAAGUGGAAAGCUCUGCUCAGCCAGCAGAAACUCAGCCAGCAACUAGCACUCCAAAAACCAGUGCUCAAUUCUCAGAGACAAAUAGCAAGACCUCCAGAAAUAAUUAUGGAAGAAGCAUUCCGGUGGCUAAUUAUAACCUUGGUGUGUACCAACCAUUGCAUCCAAAUGAAAACAAGUUUCGGGGAAUUAUGCAAAGGUUUGGGAAUUUUAUAUACAAAAACAAAUGAAUUUAUAUAUGGAUUUUUUAAAAAACAAACCUGCUGUAAAUAACAAGUAUAGACUGGGCAGCUUUUGUAAAGCUUAACUCAAGUUACUGCAAGGGUUAGUACACUGGUGUACAUGUAUAUAAUUUUGUGCAGACUAGAACUUUUGUUCUUAGGUUCAGCAUAGGUUUUGGAAUCUGACCUGUUUAUAUGUAUUUGCUUUUUUAUGGAAUCCAAGGUGUACUCAAAUUCACCUCAGUGCUAACCAUAAAACAUUUAUUUUACAAAUCCUAAUACCAGGUGGCAAAACAUGCCAAAGGAAGCAUUUAAAAAUCUAGGUAAGGUAGAGCCACUCUUGAUAUUUUAAGACCUUUCCGUACAAUCACUUGCACAAUAAAUACUAAUUUGUUAUUCAUUUUUUUACAUGCAGUCUACGUGUCGACUCUCGAGGUUGUGCUGCUUCUUGGGGAAAUAUCCCUUUUUCUGAACAUAUUUUUGUAAUGGAAAGAAGCAACGCUCCUCUCCUCCAAUAUUGUUAGAUCAAACUGUUAGAUCAAAGCAAUAAACAGAAUCUCCUACUUUUUGAAUACCA